GCUUUGGACCCAAUCUCCCAGAGGGCAUCGGCAGCAGUUAUACAUAGCCACCUAGGAAUCACCAAACCGGGUGAGACCAGGGGCCCUUUUACCCCACACUCUGUUUCUGACCGGUGCCAGAGCCAGCUGCUCCAGAGCAGUAGCCAACAGUUCUGCAGUAGGGAAUUAUGGGCUGGCUACCUGAAAAGGAAGUGAUUCCUGGCCUCCAGGGGUGAGACGUGGGCUGGUGCCCUGAAGCAUGAAGCUGCAUCUGCAAAGGACCCCUCGCUCGUCACCAUGGUGCACUGGACAGCCGAAGAGAAGCAGCUCAUUACCAGCCUGUGGGGCAAGGUCAACGUGGAGGAAUGCGGCGGCGAAGCCCUGGCCAGGCUGCUGAUCGUCUACCCCUGGACCCAGAGGUUUUUCUCUGCCUUCGGGAACCUCUCCAGCCCCACCGCCAUCAUCGGCAACCCCAAGGUCCGUGCCCACGGCAAGAAGGUGCUGACCUCCUUUGGGGACGCCGUGAAGAACCUGGACAACAUCAAGGCCACGUACGCCAAACUGAGCGAGCUGCACUGCGACAAGCUGCACGUGGAUCCCGAGAACUUCAGCCUCCUGGGUGACAUCCUCAUCAUCGUCCUGGCCACCCACUUCAAGAGGGAGUUCACCCCUGCCUGCCAGGCUGCCUGGCAGAAGCUGGUGCGCGUGGUGGCCCACGCACUCUCGUACAAGUACCACUGAGCCCUUGGCAGGACUCUGCUCCGUUCCAGGCGCACCCGUGUGCGUGGAAAUGCCCUUUGGGUACCAAUGGCUGUAACAGUCGAAUAAAUCCCGUCCACUGCA